AUGCUGUUCAUUCGACUGAUCGGCCUCACGCCGCUCGACGUUCACCAAGAAGUCCACACGAUCUUCGUUGCCGAUUGCAGUCACCAUCUCCCCUUCCCCACAAAAUCAGCCAACGCACGCGUUCUCAACACGCCCACGGCACGAAUGCCUGAACUUACUGUACACGUAGCCCCCGGCUUCAUCGAUUUCGAUCACCAACAAGAUGCCGUUGAUGCGGCGCGCGCGGAACCAGCUGUUCUCUCCCGCGAUCACCGCGGGCCGCGACUUCGCGACCUUAACCACGAUGCUGGCGACCUGGCUGCGCAGCGCUUCGAAGUCUAA